AUGACAGACUCAAGGAGUGACCAGCGUCGGUUCCACAACCUCACCCAGGAACAGCUGGAGACACUGGACCAGGUACUGACUGAAGUCAUCCCGAUCCAUGGCCGAGGCAAUUUCCCCACGCUAGAGGUCAAACCGAAGGACAUCAUCCAUGUGGUGCGCGACAAGCUGGUCGCCAAGGAGAUAAAGGUGCGCGACGUGCGCCUGAACGGCUCGACGGCCAGCCACGUUCUGGUGAAGGAGAACGGCACCAGCUACAAGGACCUGGACAUCAUCUUUGGCGUGGAGCUGCCCAAGCAGGAGGACUUCCAGAUCAUCAAGGAAGUGGUGCUGAGCUGCCUGCUGGACUUCCUGCCGCAGGGCGUCAACAAGGACAAGAUCACCGCGCUGACCAUGAAGGAGGCGUACGUCCAGAAGAUGGUCAAGGUGUUCACCGAGCACGACCGCUGGAGCCUCAUCUCGCUGUCCAACAACAGCGGCAAGAACGUGGAGCUCAAGUUCGUCAACUCGCUGCGCCGGCAGUUCGAGUUCAGCGUGGACUCGUUCCAGAUCAUCCUGGACCGCAUGCUGGAGUCCUACCCUCCGGCCGCGCCGCCCGCCCGCGAGGUGUUGAACGUGACCGUGGUGGCGGAGAGCAUGUACGGGGACUUCGAGCAGGCCAUGGACCACCUGCGCUACCGGCUGAUCGCCACGCGCAACCCCGAGGAGAUCCGCGGCGGCGGCCUGCUCAAGUACAGCAACCUGCUCGUGCGCGAGUUCAAGCCGGCCAGCGAGACGGAGAUCAAGACGCUCGAGCGCUACAUGUGCUCGCGCUUCUUCAUCGACUUCCCCGACGUCAACGAGCAGCAGCGCAAGAUCGAGUCCUACCUGCGCAACCACUUCAUCGGCGAGGAGAAGAGCAAGUACGACUACCUGAUGACGCUGCGCCGCGUGGUCGACGAGAGCACCGUGUGCCUGAUGGGCCACGAGCGACGCCAGACGCUCAACAUGAUCACCAUCCUGGCGCUCAAGGUGCUCGGCGAGCAGAACAUCAUCCCCAACACCAACAACGUCACCUGCUUCUACCAGCCCGCGCCCUACAUGGCCGACCACAACUUCAGCAACUACUACAUCGCCAACGGACAGUCGCCCGUCAUAUACCACCCGUACCCGUUGCACAUACACAUGCAGACUGGACUGGUCUAG